AUGGAGCUCUCGGCCGAGUACGUGGGACCGGGUGGCGAGCCGCAGCGGCUACGGGCGUCCUGUGAGCCGGCAGGGGACGCCGACCGCCUGCGGGGCCUGUCGUCGGGCGUGGCGCACAUGAAGGAGCUUGUGGCGGAGUUCUUCGGCGCCCUGGCUCGGCGGGACGCGCAGGGCGGAGCGGCGGAGGCCGCGGCGACUGCGGGCGACGUAGACGGUGAUGAAGAUGAUGCAGAAGAUGAAAAUAACACUGAUAACAGGACUAACUCACUUGGAUCAUCUGCAAAACGGCUAAAACCAUCUUAGCAAUUGUUUUCAUGAAAUUAAGACUGCUGCUGAGCUGGGUGAGGUGGUGUAUACCUGUAACCUCAGCUUCUUGGGAAGCUGAGGCUGGAGGAUCACAAAUUGGAAGCUAAACUGGGCUACAUGUCAAGACUUUAUUUUAGAAAAAGGGAAGAGAAAGGAGUAAAAAUGUUACUAGAUGCUAAUCUUCAUAUGCUGAUACUCGAAGAAGACUUGCAUUUUAAUUUGGCAAUAUUUGUUGAAGAGAAAACCUUGUUUCUACUAACAAAAAUACAAUAAAUGCUUGGGAAUAA